AUGCUCUUUGAGCCCGAGGAGCUGCCGCCGUCCACGCCGCCGCUCUUCGAGGACACGGCCGGCGAUGCCUGGGUCCCGCUCUACCGCCAUGGCUGCACCUUUGGGCCCGACCUGUUCGUCGAGAAGAUGAUGAACAUGGUCCGGAACCCCAACCUCAACUCCAGCUGGCUGUUCCGGGCCGACAUCCUCUACGACGACGACGAGGAGCCCUGCUGCGACGGGGAGGCGGAGACGGCUCCGGCGAGUGCCGCCCAGCCCGUGCCGCGCGAUGUCAAGGGCAUCCCCCGCCGGCGGACCUUGGUCCGCAAGCUCAUCCCGCGCAACGACCGCCGGGACCAGCCCAUGGAGCAGACCUGCACGUUCCACCGCUCCGAUCCUCCCGCCGACGACGACGGCCAGAUCCGCUCCUUGGUGCUCUACAUGCCGCACGCCGCCGCGGCAGCCGAGCUCCCCUUUUACCACCCCAAGGUCCGGGGCAUCGCCCACUUACACGAGUGGGACCCCGCGCAGGGGCUGGGCUCGAUAUCAGCUCACUUCCUCCCCUUCCAGCAGGGCGACCUCGACGACAACCAGAAGCUGCGGCGCAUGGCCUACCACCUGCUCGAGAUCCUCCACAAGCAUGGCCAGGGCGGCGCCUCGGGCUACGUCAAGCGCGUGCACCACGACGUGGUCAUCCCCCAGCCCAGGUUCCAGGACCGCUACAUGGCGCUCAAGAACAGGUACGCGCGCCAGCUCGUCGACACGUGGGCCGAGUCCACGGACCCCGGCAAACACGUCUUUGAGGAUCUCGGCAUCGCGUCCUUUCUCAUCGAGCUCUGGGAGGUCAUGUACAAGGACGUCGAGUUCCCCGGCUUCGUCGACAUUGGCUGCGGAAACGGCCUGCUCGUGUACAUCCUCAACAAGGAGGGGUACGCGGGCUGGGGCUUCGACGCGAGAGCGCGCAAGUCCUGGGCGCAGUAUCGCACCGAGGCCGUUGGUUGCGCGCCGCCCUCCGCCCAGUCGUCCCUCGAGCAGCGCCUCCUUCUGCCCAGCGUGGUGCCCCGCCCCGACGCAGACUCGGAGACGCCCCAGCUCGACGCCGACGCCAUCCAGGACGGGACGUUCCCGCCGGGCACCUUCAUCGUCUCCAACCACGCCGACGAGCUGACGCCCUGGACCCCCAUCCUCGGCGCCCUGUCGCGGUGCCCCUUCAUCAUGAUACCCUGCUGCAGCCACAGCCUCACCGGCGAGCGGUUCCGCGCGCCCCCGCCCCGCGACAAGGCCAAGCCCAAGUCGACGUACGCGUCCCUCGUCGACUGGGUGACGCAGAUCGCCGAGGACUGCGGCUGGGAGGUUGAGACGGAGCACCUGCGCAUACCGAGCACGCGCAACACGUGCCUCCUGGGGAGGAGGCGGACGAGGGACGCCUCCGAGGUGGACGUGGAGGCCGUGCUGCGCAAGUAUGGCGGCGUGGAGGGGUACUUUGCCAACGUGGCGAAGCUGGUCAAGUCUGGGCCGCGGAGUCACUGA